CUCAGUAAGUUCGGUGCGCCCGCUCCGGCCGGCCCGCGCCUCCGCCGCGCCGGGAUGUAUUCGUCCCCGCUCUGCCUGACUCAGGAUGAGUUCCACCCGUUCAUCGAGGCCCUGCUGCCUCACGUCCGCGCCUUCGCCUACACCUGGUUCAACCUGCAGGCGCGGAAGCGCAAGUACUUCAAGAAGCACGAGAAGCGGAUGUCGAAGGACGAGGAGCGGGCGGUGAAGGACGAGCUGCUGGGCGAGAAGCCCGAGGUCAAGCAGAAGUGGGCGUCGCGGCUGCUGGCCAAGCUGCGCAAAGACAUCCGGCCCGAGUGCCGCGAGGACUUCGUGCUGGCCAUCACCGGCAAGAAGGCGCCGGGCUGCGUGCUCUCGAACCCCGACCAGAAGGGCAAGAUGCGGCGCAUCGACUGCCUGCGCCAGGCCGACAAGGUGUGGCGGCUGGACCUGGUCAUGGUGAUCCUGUUCAAGGGCAUCCCGCUCGAGAGCACCGACGGCGAGCGCCUGGUCAAGGCGGCGCAGUGCGGCCACCCCGUGCUCUGCGUGCAGCCGCACCACAUCGGCGUGGCCGUGAAGGAGCUGGACCUCUACCUGGCCUACUUCGUGCGCGAGCGAGACGCGGAGCAGAGCGGCAGUCCCCGGGCGGGGAUGGGCUCGGACCAGGAGGACAGCAAGCCCAUCACGCUGGACACGACUGAGUUCCAGGAGAGCUUUGUCACCUCUGGCGUGUUCAGUGUCACUGAGCUCAUCCAAGUGUCCCGGACACCUGUGGUGACCGGAACAGGACCCAACUUCUCCCUGGGGGAGCUUCAGGGACACUUGGCAUACGACCUGAAUCCAGCCAGCACCGGCAUGAGAAGAACACUACCCAGCACCUCCUCCAGCGGGAGCAAGCGCCACAAAUCGGGCUCGAUGGAGGAAGAUGUGGACACGAGCCCUGGCGGCGAUUACUACACCUCGCCCAGCUCGCCCACGAGUAGCAGCCGCAACUGGACGGAGGACAUGGAAGGAGGCAUCUCGUCCCCGGUGAAGAAGACAGAGAUGGACAAGUCGCCAUUCAACAGCCCGUCCCCCCAGGACUCCCCCCGCCUGUCCAGCUUCACCCAGCACCACCGGCCUGUCAUCGCCGUGCACAGCGGGAUUGCCCGGAGUCCCCACCCAUCCUCGGCCCUGCAUUUCCCCACGACGUCCAUCCUGCCCCAGACCGCGUCCACCUACUUCCCCCACACGGCCAUCCGCUACCCGCCUCAUCUCAACCCCCAGGACCCGCUCAAAGAUCUCGUCUCGCUGGCCUGCGACCCGGCCAGCCAGCAGCCCGGACCGUUAAAUGGAAGUGGUCAGCUCAAAAUGUCCAGCCACUGCCUUUCCGCCCAGAUGCUGGCGCCUCCGCCCCCGGGGCUGUCUCGGCUGGCGCUCCCCCCUGCCACCAAACCCGCCGCCACCUCCGAGGGAGGAGCUGCGUCGCAGACCUCGGCCACCUACUCUACGCCCGACACGUCCCCUGCAAACCGUUCCUUUGUGGGAUUAGGACCAAGGGAUCCUGCAGGCAUUUAUCAGGCACAGUCCUGGUAUCUGGGAUAACACCGGUCUUCUCCCCACGCCCCGUCUCCAUCAUCCCGAGAAUCCGGGGGCGGGUCAGCGCAGCCCCCACAUUUUCGGUGGAAAAUUAGAGCAAGAACACCCCGCCGACUCCCAGCCCGGCCGGAAAGACAACACAGAGACGCGUACACCACACAGGAGGAAAAGGAAAAAACAAAACAAAAAAAAAGACAAACCGGAAAAAAAAAACAAAAAGCAAACCCACCCAACCAAGAAGACAGAAAGUAAAGACGUUUGCGACUCUCUCGGGACUCCGAGGCCGCCGCCCCAUGGGAGACCGCUCCACGGGCGUCUUCCCAGGUUACUCAUCUCCGGAAGGACAGAUGCCCGACUCUGCCCAGAGACCAGGUGAGCACGGCCUGGUGCCCGCACCCAGGCCCGACAGGCGAGACACCCAGCGAGGCCGCCGCUCCCUGGGCACCCGCCCCCCAGCUGGGACACGGACUGGCCCCCCCGUGGAUCAGCCGCUGGGGGGGAAGGGGAGAGACCCAGGACCCCCGCCGGCCUCGGGCAGCAGAGACCUCAGUGGCAGGCGGGCAGGUGGCCAGGGCGCAGGAGGGCGUGUGGCGCCGGCCUGCCCUCCUGGCGGGGACCGCAGAUGCACCACGGAUGCGUGGCAGGCACCUUCUGCCAUUGGGAGGGAGGGUCCUGCCGUUUGGCCUCCCCUCUCCACGCCCCCUGCGAAGCGCUUGCGGACUCUCUCUUGCUGGGGACGGUCUCAGCCCUCGCGCCUGCCCCACUGGGAGGAGGAGUCUCUAUGCAAUUGACCCGGCCCCACCCCCGCAUAGGAGGCCGCCCCCUGACCCCCGCCCCAGCCCAGCUCUGCACCCCCCGGGGGAGGGAUCCACGUUGCACACACUGUAAGAGAUGCACUUUCUGAGGAAGGGCAUGGGGGGAGCCGGGAGACCCAGAGCUCCCCGAGAAAGGGGGUGCCCCCUGGGAAAGGGGGUGCCCCGGUCUGGAGUGUCUGGGACGGGAGGACCCUCCCCCCACUAGCCCCUGGAGGUGGGAGGUGAGAGCGAGUGGUUUAAGUGCCUGAUCCCCGACACCCGCCCCCUCCUUGUC